AUGCGUUUUUUCUCCUCCCUCUCCCUCUCCUCCUGCGCGUCGUGUUCUUGUUCUUCUCGUCGGGGUUUGACUUCGUCGUCGUCGUCGUUUACGUCGUCGUCCACGUUUAGUCGUCGUCGUCAAAAUCGAAGAAGAAGAAGAAGAAGAACGAAUGAGAAGAACGCGAAAACCACGACGACGCUCAUCUCCAACGACGCGAAGGAGAACGACAACGACGACAACGACAACAACAACAACAACAGAAGAAAAGAACCCGACGCCAUCGUCAGCGUCAAACUGGACCAAGAUGGUCAACGAGACUAUCCCAUCUACAUCGGCUCCGAGCUCGUGAAAGAGCGAGGCGACUUGCUGCGAAAACACAUCAAAGGCGAGACGGUUUUAAUCGUCACGAACGAAACCGUCGCGCCGUUGUACCUGGAAAAAGUGAAAGAGAGUCUCCUUCUUUCGUCGUCGUCAAAAUCGUUGAGAAUCGAAUCGGUCGUCUUGCCGGACGGCGAAGAGCAUAAAAACUUGGACGUUCUCGAUUUGAUUUUCGAAAAAGCGUUGGAUGCUCGCUUGGAUCGGAAGACGACGUUCAUCGCUUUAGGCGGUGGGGUCAUAGGGGAUAUGACUGGAUUUGCCGCGUCCGCGUAUCAAAGAGGCGUGAAUUUUAUCCAAAUACCGACGACGGUGAUGGCGAUGGUGGACUCCUCGGUGGGCGGGAAAACCGGCGUGAAUCAUAAAAAAGGCAAAAACAUGAUUGGCGCGUUUUACCAACCGCAGUGCGUGUUCGUGGAUAUCGACAGUCUAGAUUCCUUACCGGAGAGAGAAUACAACUCGGGAAUAGCCGAGGUGAUUAAAUACGGUUUAAUUCGCGACGCGAAGUUUUUCGAUUGGAUCGAACAAAACGCGGACAAGUUGCAAAAGAAAGCAAUCGAUCGAAAAUCUUUAGUCUACGCCAUCCAAAGAUCGUGCGAAAACAAAGCGGAGGUGGUUGAAUUAGACGAGAAAGAGAGCGGAUUGAACGUUCGAGCGACUUUAAAUUUAGGACACACGUUUGGUCACGCGAUUGAAACCGGCGUCGGGUACGGGGAAUAUUUACACGGCGAAGCGGUGUCCAUCGGAACCGCGAUGGCGGCGGAUUUGAGCUUCCGCUUGGGAUGGAUCGACGAAAACUUACAGACGCGAACGGUGGAUUUGUUGAAACGAUUUGAUUUACCCAUCGAGGUCCCGCGUGGUAGCAUGACAAAAGAGAAAUUCAUGGACUUGAUGGCGGUGGAUAAAAAAGCGUCGCAAGGUAAAAUGAACUUUAUACUGUUAAAAGGCGAUUUGGGCGGUUGCGUCUUCACCGGCGACUUUGAUCAAACAAAGUUGCGAGAAACGUUGGAGAGUUUUGUCGACGGUCGUAUAAGUCGUUAG